AUGAUCUAAUCGCAAUCUGCCCUUGCCCUCCAUGUCGCGUCUCCCCGCCGAGCUAUGGGAGCAAAUCAUCUCCCAUCUGAACGCAUCGCACACCGAUCUGCGCGCCUGCUCCUCCGUCAGCCCGACCUUCCGCUUCGCCGCGCAGGCGCUGCUCUUCGCGGACCUGAUGCUCAACACGCGCGUCGAAACGGGGCGCUUCAUCGCCGUCGCCCGCGCCUCGCCGCACCUCAGCACGCACGUGCGCCGCCUCGCGCUCGUCGUCGGCCGCGUGCACGGCGAGAUCCCCGCGCUCGUGCGCGGCUGCGCGUGGCCGAAGCUGCGCGAGCUCGAGCUGCACCAGGUCCCGCUCGUCGUCGCGGACGCGCCGUUCCACGCGCUGUGCGGGUUCCUGGCGAUGCGCACCGUCCGGGAGCUGACCAUCUCGUUCACCCCGCCGUCGGCGGCGUCCCUGCGGCGCUUCCUCGGGGCGUGCAGCGCGGACCUCGACAACGUGACGAUCUGGCAUUGCGAGCAGUCGGAGUCGUCCGACGCGAUAGGCGACGAUUUUGCGAAUUUGACGCAUACCAUCGCUCCUGCGUCGCGCAGACCGCUUAUCCGGACGCUGAAUUUGAUUCGGAGCUCGGCCGCGGCGUCGAUACUCCUCGAUCCCCUCUCGCCGCUGGAUCUCGCCGAGCUGCGGGAGCUCCACCUCGACCGGGUUGAUGCACCCGUGUGGAAUGUUUUCCUGCGCGAGACGGGGCACGGGAUCGAGAAAAUCUACUUGGACGCCCACGAUGCGCUGCAUCACAUCGACGUGUCGCUCCUCCCCUCUCUGUGCGCGAUCCACUUCACGAACCUGUCGACCAACAUCACGGGAUUCAUCCGCGGGCUCAAACCCCCGAACGGGAUCCGCACCGUCUUCAUCCUCAUAUCGGAUCUCGACGUCAGCGACGGCUCCCUCCAGAAAUUCGGAGCAGAUUUCGAGAGCGCCGUGGUGGAGCGGCUGACUGCGAUCGAGAGGAUCGUGGUAGACAUUUUGUUUAUACAGAGUGAGAUGGAGCAGGUGGAGGUCGACGCGGUGCUGCGCAGUGCGCUGCCUGAACUGUCGGGGAAGGGAAAGGUAUAUACCAGCGCGGGGAAAGUAGCGGGCUGAAGUCCUGGUCGACAUGCCGGUGAUGUGUGGAAUCGAUAUGGGCUAUCUAAUCUCUGAUGAGGCUCCAUCGUGACCAGAGGCUGUUGCAUAACGAAAACCAAAGCUGUUUGCUCAACAUAGUAUUGUGGUGACUUUUUCGCAAAAAAAGCGAAUUUCGUCAAGAAAGUAACUGUGAUGUCUUAUUAGUGAACUGAACGGAGCUAAGGGGGUCCUUUGUCGAAGAUCAAUCUGUCUACUGGUUUACACACCGAGGGA